GGAAAUCCUUGACCGCACCCGGUUCCAGGAUAGAUUUGGAAGAAUUCUCCAAAGGAGCCGAGUUUCACCCUCCCAACCUUUAUUCGAGAAUGAUAUUUGCUCAGGGUCGUUUUUCAAGCUCGAUAAAAUUAAGCACCUGCCUGAAGGGGACUUUCAAAGUAUGCAUGAGGUCGAUGGAGAUCGGUGGAGGCGAAUGGAUGAAAGAUACUCUACCAUGUCUCCCAUUAAUUCGUAGCCUUCUUCUGUGGGAUGAAUUCCAUCUUGAUCCCAAAAAAUCUUACGUUGUUCCGUGGGUGAAUGAAUUUUUUGUGGUGCUGUUUUUGUACACGCUAGAAAUUUCGAGGAUAAAAAAGUCAACUUUUAUGUAUCAUGUUGAAAGCACGGUGGACAGUGGACGACUUACUUUAGAUGUUCAUUCACUAUACGCCGUUGAUAAUCGAGAUGAUUUACAAGAUCCUGAG